ACGUAGUUAAUUUUCACGUGGACACGGCAUUGUAGAAUUAGAAAGUUGUAUCUGCUUGGAGAACAGUCGGCAGUAUUGUAGCAAACAAUAAUCUAUAACAUCAUGAGUUCAGAAAGAUCGUUUAUUAUGAUUAAACCGGACGGUGUUAGUCGUGGUCUUAUUGCCGAUAUCAUCAAACGAUUUGAGCAAAAAGGAUUCAAAUUAGUUGCCAUGAAAUUCAUGAAGGCAAAUCAAGAACUAUUAAAGAAACAUUAUUCUGAACUUAGUUCUAAACCAUUUUUUGAUGGCUUGGUAAAAUUUAUUUCAUCAGGACCUGUGGUGCCUAUGGUAUGGGAAGAAGGUGUGGUUAAAACUGCUCGUCAAAUGCUUGGAGAGACUGACCCUGCAAAGUCUUUACCUGGAACAAUACGUGGUGAUUAUUGUAUUGAUAUUGGAAGAAAUAUUAUUCACGGCAGUGACUCUGUUGAGACUGCAAAACGGGAAAUCAAGUUGUGGUUUAAAGAUGAAGAGCUUGUUGAUUGGAUACCUAAUAAUGCUUCUUGCGUCUAUGAAUAGAUUUUAUGCAAUUUGUAAUCUAUUUUCCUUCAAUGAAAUAAUAAUUCCUUGAAAUGUCA